GCGGAGGGGGCGGGCAGCCGCAGCCGCGCCGGGCGGACGAAGCGCGGUGCGUGUGCGCGGCCCGGCCCCGGUUCAUUAUUCAGCGGCCGAGGAAGGAGGCGACGGGAGGUGGCUGGGAACAGAAUUUGGAUGAAGCAUUCUACAUAAGUUGCCGUCAUGAGCAGAAGCAAGCGUGACAACAAUUUCUACAGUGUUGAAAUUGGGGAUUCUACGUUCACUGUAUUGAAACGGUAUCAAAACUUAAAACCAAUAGGAUCAGGAGCACAAGGAAUAGUAUGUGCAGCCUAUGAUGCCAUCCUUGAGCGAAACGUUGCAAUCAAGAAACUAAGCCGACCAUUUCAGAAUCAAACCCAUGCUAAAAGAGCUUACAGAGAGCUUGUUCUUAUGAAGUGCGUUAAUCACAAAAAUAUAAUUAGUUUAUUAAAUGUAUUUACACCACAGAAGUCACUGGAAGAAUUUCAGGAUGUCUACAUAGUAAUGGAGCUGAUGGAUGCCAACCUGUGCCAGGUGAUUCAGAUGGAGCUAGACCAUGAGCGAAUGUCCUAUCUCCUUUAUCAGAUGCUCUGUGGUAUCAAACAUCUUCACUCAGCUGGAAUUAUACAUAGGGACUUAAAGCCCAGUAAUAUAGUAGUAAAGUCAGACUGCACUUUGAAGAUUCUUGACUUUGGACUGGCCAGAACUGCAGGAACUAGUUUUAUGAUGACGCCUUAUGUAGUGACUCGUUACUACAGAGCACCAGAGGUCAUCCUAGGGAUGGGAUACAAAGAAAACGUUGACAUUUGGUCAGUUGGUUGCAUCAUGGGAGAAUUGGUGAAAGGUUGUGUGAUAUUCCAAGGCACUGAUCAUAUUGAUCAAUGGAAUAAAGUUAUAGAGCAGCUAGGAACACCGUGCCCCGAAUUUAUGAAGAAAUUACAGCCCACAGUUCGAACUUACGUGGAGAACAGACCCAAGUAUGCUGGAUACAGCUUUGAGAAACUCUUUCCAGAUGUCCUUUUCCCAGCUGAUUCUGAACACAACAAACUUAAAGCAAGUCAAGCAAGGGAUUUGUUAUCAAAAAUGCUUGUAGUAGAUCCAGACAAGAGAAUUUCCGUUGAUGAGGCCUUACGUCACCCUUAUAUUACUGUCUGGUAUGAUCCGUCAGAAGCCGAAGCUCCUCCACCAAAGAUACCAGAUAAGCAGUUAGAUGAGAGGGAGCACACAAUAGAAGAAUGGAAAGAAUUGAUAUACAAGGAAGUCAUGGACCUGGAGGAAAGAACCAAGAAUGGGGUUAUACGUGGGCAGCCAGCCCCUUUAGGUGCAGCAAUGAUCAAUGGCUCUCAGCAUCCAUCUUCGUCGUCAUCUGUCAAUGAUGUAUCUUCAAUGUCAACAGAUCCAACAUUGGCCUCUGAUACAGACAGCAGUCUAGAAACCUCAGCUGGACCUCUGGGUUGCUGUAGAUGACUACUUGGUCUUUUGGGGGGUGGGAGGGGGUUCCUUUUAGUCGUUAAUAGGGCACCUUUAAAAUUUGGUGGUAUUUUUGAGUGUUUUUUCAAAAAUAAUCAUAGAAUUCAUCAUAAAGUGCUGUAAUUUUAAACUGUAAGUUGUGUUUAAAGCAGCCACUUUUUUUGCUGUAAUUAACUGUAAAAUAUUAAACCUGAUAAUUUUUAUUGUGGUUUUGAAAUCUGCAUAUUUGCUUUACUAUUAUGCUGCUGAUCUUUUUUUACUGAAUUUGUAAGAUUUAUUUUAUCAAAGCACAUAUUAAUGUUGUGGUCAUUACCAUAUCAUGUAUUAUUUAAGAUUUUAUAGGUUUUCAAUUUUUUUUUAAAUUUAGAAUUUAUUCCAAAUGUUUUGUUCAUGAUAUCCUUCAAAGUUUUAUGCUUGGUCAUACGUCCAUAUUGAGCUGGAAGGGGAGAGAGAGUUGGGUGCAGACAGCUGUAGGCUUUUUGGAGCAUGCUGCUGUGGUGCUGGCAGUGAAUAACAUGCUCUUUCAUUUUGGCCACUUGCCUGUAAUACUCAAGUAAAAGCAACAAUUACUGAUUUUUUCUAGAGAAACAGUACACGGUCCUUUGUAAAGUAACUUCAUUUGAAUAGUUUUAUGAUCUUAAGGAAGCAAAGCCUAUCUUCAAGGCUGCAGAAAUAUCUAACCUAACAAAGGGAUGUGGUGUCUUCUGCACAAUUGUGGCAUGCCAAAUCUCGUGAUCACCAUAAAACAAGAGGAUAUUUCAUGAAUAAUACAUUACAAUGCAAAUAAACUGUUUACUUCUA